UUUUUAAUUUAUUUCCUCACCUAAGUCUUCAACACUCAAAACUCAAAGUUUCUGUAUGAAGACUCUUAUUUCAAGUGUUUUUAUGCAAACUUAGCUGUUUAAAACAAAUCUCUCUCCCUCCCUCUCUCUUUGAUUGACCUGUGAUGUCAGAGAGAAAGAGAGAGAGAAAGAGAGGGAGGGAGGGAGGGAAGGAGGGAGGGAGGGAGGUAGUGUUGGAGCGAGCAACAGUCAGAUGUAGUUGAGCCUGACAGCUGUUGGACUGAUGAUUUCUGUCUCUUUCUCUGUUUUUCUGUUUUUGUGAGGACGUGAAGAUGACGGAGUCUCACAGUAAUCUGAACAGUCCCAGCCUGGAGCUGAAGAGCCUGCAGCUGUGUGACAGGGAAGGUCAGUGUCUGUGUGUUUGUGUGGCUGUUACUGUAGGACAGACCUGUCAGUAACAGUCUGUUUUAUCAUCCUGCUCUCUGUUUUAAAACUCUCUGAAUUUGUCCGACUAGUUGCUGUAAAUGUCCAUCAGGAGUCUGUCUUUUUUAUUUGUUUCUUUAGCGUGAAACAAAUUGGAUGUAAAUAAAUCAGACGCUUAAGUCCUUCCCAAAGCCAAAGCAUGUAGAGCUCCCCUAGUGGCUGGCAGCAGUACAGGUAAUGAAGCCCACCUCUACCAAGUUCAUAAUGAUUAUUUAAUGUUGAUGGGGAUGUGACAUCAUGUGACAGCUUUAAAAAUGAAUAAUGUUGAAUAAUCAACAUCAUUUACAAAACACGUCAUAGUAAAAUCCACUCUGAGUGUUUGAACAGAGAGAAAUGAGCCAUCCAGUCCAAAUCCAUCUUUGUACCAGCUCGUAAACAUGACUUCUGUUCAUCUGUAUGUGGUUUCUGGUGCUUCUGCAGACAGCCUCUAGUGGACACUCAAGGGUCUGCCGUUUUACCAUUUCAGCUUCAUUUCUCAAGACUGGAAGUCGCUUCUAGGUUGAACCGGCUCUCCUCAUGCAGACUAAUGAGGGUCCUCCAAGUCCUUGUACUAGUCUUCGUCUGAGAAGUCUUUUUCUGUGUUGUGAGUCUGUAACUUUAGAAACUGUCCUAUUGGUCCCCUGACAGAAUAACAUCAGUGUCCCUCUGUGAGUCCUCUGGUACUUCCUCUAACACAGCAGUGGGGCCACUUGUGAGAGACAAAGGGCUUAUAUGUCUUUCAGACGAGCCAAUUGCGGUCCCUCCCCUCUGCACAUCAGCUGUCCAUGAGGAUGAAAAUGACCUUGUAUUGACCCCUAAAAGGAUCAGUAUGAUCUGUAUAUUAUCCCGAGCAUUAAUAAAAUCUAAUCACAUAUCAGGAUAAACAGUACACGACUCAUCAGCUGAUAAAGCACGGCCUGUAAAGAGUCUACUUUGCUGUUAAAACUGAAAGAAGAGGCGUUCAGUUGAACCAGAAGAAGCAGGAAACGAGAGCGCUCUCAGGUCUAAAGUUCUUAUAGAGCAGGGGUCGGCAACCCGCGGCUCUGGAGCCGCAUGCGGCUCUUUCUUCCCUAAGCUGCGGCUCCCAAUGGAUUUGGAAAAUAAAUAAUAAAUACUUAAUUGCAUUUUAUUUUAUUUUACUAUUUUUUUUUUUUUUGUAAUUCUAAAUUCAAAGAUUAUAAUGCUCUUGUAACAUUAAAUAAACUAUUAAGGCUGCAACAACGAAUCGAUUAAGUAGAUUCGUCGUGACGAAAAAAUCCGUUGCCAACAAAUUCUGUAAUCGAUUCGUCGGGUCUUUAUAUAUGUCCAUGGACACCGGCGUGUAAACAUCAGCAGGACGCACAGAAGAGAGAACAGCCAUGGCCGAGGCAGCGGCUGAGAAAAACAUGGACACAACCCAACCCAAAUCCCGACCUAAAACAUCAGUGGUGUGGGAAAACUUCACCAAGACUGAAAAGGAAGGCGUUCAGUGCAACAUUUGCAAAGACCGUUUUGCAUGGCUCGGGAGUACAUCGAUGAUGCGUGAGCACAGGGCUCUCAAGUCUCACGCAUUCAGCGUAUGACACACGCAUUCCCACUCAUUCACACGCUCACACACCACACAUUGUAUUUCUCACACAUUUAAAUGAACACGGUGAUGUCCACCAAGUUGCACUUCUUCAACUAUGGAACUGGGGGAAAUCAACUGAGUUCCUCCGAGAGUUCAGAAGCUGCGUGCCACGCACAAGCCAAUCAAAUAAAGUAUAUCUACUGAACAGCCAAUCAAAAAGCAGCAUUGCUGUAUCCGGGUAGAUUUUGAUAUCUUGCGGUUUAACUACAGAAGAAGACAGACACUCGCCGAAAUAGUUCAUUUAUUUCAUAAAUGCAACUCGCUACAGUUUUUUAUAUACUUUGUAUAAAGGUAAAAAAAAGAUAUAUGCAAUGUUAUCUUCAUUUUAGAUGUCAAAGAGGUUUUGUGGCUCCCUGUGUUUUCUUUUCUGUGGGAAACUGGUCCAAGUGGCUCUUUGAGUGUUUAAGGUUGCCGACCCCUGUUAUAGAGGAACAACUAAACAGGUCAAAAGUUGUAAAUCUAAAAAAACAUCUGGAGGAACAUUUCCAACUACUGAGGUGAAUGUCCAACAGGUUAGUCACAUGACAGGGUCAAAGACGCACUUCAGAGAGGCGGAGUCUCUCAGAAGGAACGAUGGAAGAGGUUCAGGACUCUGUGAGAGACCGCGUGAGCGAACAGUUUAACAAUUUCAAAAUAAAGUUCCUGAGUGGAUUUCAUCGUCUACAGAACAUCAGAUCAUUCAAAGAUUCAGAGGAUCUGGAGACCAUGAAAAACCACGUUCUGACAUCACAGUGUUUCCCCUGCAGUUAUUCAGCAGCGGUUACGUGCGGGGUGUAGAUAUCUACAUCUAGAUGCUUCUUUAACGGAUUCCUGCCUACCCCACCUUUAACAUGAACGUAACUGCAUAGCUUCUUGAAAGCAAAUAAAUGCGCAGCUGAAAUCCUCCAUUAGUCAAGAUAAAGAGACAACAGAAAGCUGCUCCUCCUCCCUUCAGGAGGACCAAAAAAGCUGGUGAUAGAUGACAGUCCGGUCCAAACUCGGUCAUCACAGCAUUUAAAUACAGAAUUAUGAAAUCAAAUAUUCAUUAUCAUAACUGGAGCUGAAUCCCUUAAGAUGAGUCCACAGAGUCCUUCAGUAAAUGUACUUUUACUUUAAAGUGCGUCUGAGGAGGAUGAUCUUGGUGUUCGCUCUGAGAGGAGCAGCAGCUAACAGACUCUGCAGCAGAUUAGCAGAGAUUAGCAUCGGGAUCAGCUCGCUCAGAGGAAGUGAAGGAUUAUGGUUCUCAUGAAGAGUUCUGGAAUCUGGAGGUCUCACAGAAAAUGUCAAACCCGACCCCCUGACUCAAUCUGGUUUUAUAAAACACAGAGAUUUUUAGAAACGGUUCUUGGAGCAAAAACAGACCAUGUUUGACAAAAUGGUAGAGCCGGGGGAUUAGCGGUAGCUGGAGUUACCAACUGACGUGUUAGUUUGGUUCACAUCUGUGCACCUGUGACUCACAUCAGCGAGAUAUUCAUUUACAUGCUAACCUUAGAAGAACGAAAACAGACUCCUCUAAAGGUUUGUAAGGAGCCUCUUCUCUUUAAAGCAAAGCUCCUCUGGAAGGACACAAUCUACUGCCUAUAUUUCUAUGUGUCUGUCUUUAUAGAGACAACUUGUUAUCGUGCGAUUGUAUGUGAAUCCGCAGGUUCUUGGGAUUACCACUGUCUGUAAUCCGCCACAAAAUUUGCUAUAUUCAGGUUGAUUGUGCUGUAGUUUCACAGGCUUUUAACGGGAGACUUACCUGGUCAUGAGAUCAUACAUGAAGAGGUAAUGUGGAGAGGUUUCUUGGUGGAAAAGCAGCUGGUUCAUGUUUGGCUGCUGAUUUGAAUGUGAAUGUAAAUCAGACCAACAGAGCGGAGAGUGCUUACCUACCAGCUUGUCGUCCAGAGGAGCUGCAGGGACUUGAACUUUGUUUGGUUUCCAUCUGAAAAAGUAGGGAAAGAAGAACUUAGCAGCAGUAUGCUUUAAAUCUGGAGAUCUGAUGGUGCAGCCUUUAGUAGAUCUGAGCUUUUCCACUGAAGCAAAAACUGAACAGGACGAGACGAGUUUGUUUCUACAGCAUGAAAUAAAAAGUGCUUCACUGUGUUCAAACAGAUCAUUAAAAACAAAAUCAAGCAAAAAUGACAUUAAAAUAUAUAUUUUAUGAUUUAAAAAAAGUGAUGUUUAGCAAAAAUUAAACACUGAACUACAAAUAUACGAAAUUUAGAUCAAAUACCUCGAAAAUAAACUGAGAUUUUACUGGGAGAAUAAAGUAAAAUAAGAUCAUAAAUAAUGAAACCUACAAGGAGGUUUUCAGCACAGUGGUCUUUUCUUACAAAGUUACACUGCCUCCUACUGGCCCGGCAUGAAAACAAUGUGUUGUCAGUCCUUUUUGUAACAACGUCAGUGUGAGCCGUGUUCAUCCGUCUCAUGUGUCUGAAAUCUAGAGAAAGGAAGGCUCGCAGAGAGCUCAGCGAAAAUUGGAGCAGUUCCAGACACGGUGAUAAUUGGGGGUGACUGGAAGUAAAGUUAUCAGAAAUCACAUUACCUGCAGGUAACAAAAAUCCUAAUCAAUGGGGAUCACAUACUAUAGCUGUCAUCCAUCUGAGACAUUUGAAAAGGGGGUGUUUAAUGUCUUGAUUUGGGUCAAGGGGAAUACAAGCUAAAACCAGGAACUUACACAGUGGUCAUGGAUCCAGUCUGAAGUCGGCUCUGUUCAAACAGGAUCUUUGGGUGGAGACCUGGAAAAGAUAAUCUGAGUUUAGAGAUACAACCUGGUGACACGGAAACCUUAGUCAGUCUCAGUGGGAGAAACCGCCUUUAAAUCUGUACUGUGUAACACUGAAUUAAUCAGUUAAUGACAGUAAAUUAAGAUUUUAAUAAUGAGAUCGUUAACAGGACCUCAUUGGUGAGAUUCAGUGGUGAGAUACAGCGGUGUCUAUGCUGGUUUUUAUGAUAAUAUAUGGUCAGAUGUGAGAAGGUUAGUAACAGAUCCUCACAGGUGAGCUGAUUCUUCUUGUUGUUUGUGAUGACCUCUCACGUUCUCUGUGGGCUGAACUCCAGCAGCAGCUUCAGUCUGAUGAGUUUCCAGUCUCGGCUCAUAGCUGUGGAUAAUCACCUUCUCAGGGUGAAUGAAUGGACGCUUCACCUCCUCCAUUCACUGACAGGAUGGAGGACAGAGGGGGAGGAGGAAGAGGAGAGUCAACAAGAGCUCUGUGUGCCUCAGCAGGAGUGUUUCGAGUUUGUGAAGAAUGGACACCACCAUCCUGUCCAUGUGUCUCUGUAGCAGCUCUGAGUACCAGUAAAACAGGAGAACGUUAAAGGCACAAGAGCUUACUGUUCGACAUCGCACUCGGUUCAAUGACGGGUUCUAUAAUAAAUAUAUAAAACACAUGUGAUAUUACGACUCAGACAUCAACUGCAUUAAAACUAAAACAUUAAGUGCACUAAACUAGUAUAUUUACUGCAUUAAACUCGGCCACUUACAGCAUCAAAACUCAGACAUUAACUGCAUUAAACUAAUAUAUUUACUGUUCGAAAACUAAGAUAUUGAUAACAUUACAACUCAGACAUUUACAGUAUUAAAACUACGAUAUGAACUGCAUUAAUCAAAGACAUUCACUGCAUUAACACUUAGACAUUAACAGUAUUAAACUUAUUUACAGUGUUAAAACUCAGACAUUUACAGCAUUAAAAUUAUGACAUUAAUAGUAUUAAACUAAGAUAUUAACUCAAUUAACACUAAGACAUUUAAAGCAUUUAAUCUCAGACAUUAAUUAUACAUUGAGCUUAAACAUUUACAGCAUUAAAACUUAAACAUUUACAGAAGAGCAUGGGGAAAAACUCCCCCCCCCCAAAAAAAAAAACGCGCCUGCCAGCUAGCUAGGAGCUGGAAAUUAGCAAAACAGAACAAAGUGCUAAAGUUCUACAAAAACACUUUAAACGCCCAAAAACCAAACCCGUUUUUUAUCCAGACAGAGUCCGUGAGCUUAAUAAAGUCGACUUUGAACCACUAUGUUCAUUUUUAACCAAGUUUAAACGGCUAAAGUUCAGGACUUACCGCCAUUAGACGGCAUCUUCAUGAGCGGAGGAGCGCGAAUUUACAGGAAGUGACAUCAUCACAAAACGGUCUUCAAAAUAAAUGUGAAUCUACGAAAUAAAACACAAAUAUAAACAUAAAAGAUGCUUUAUAUAAUUUUUUUCUCUCAAAAGAGAUCAGAUCAACUGUCAUGAUUUACUCAUUACUACAGAUGGACGGACAUUCAAAUUCAGCAGAAUAAUAAACAGCUAAAUUCAGAGUAUAGCUGAUCGGGUCUACGACAGAGUAUUAGGGCCACAGUAAGAAAAUUAGACUUCAAGAUUAAAGUCAUUUAUUUAUGAGAAUAAAGUCAUAACGAACAAGAAUAAAGUCAAAAUAAAGUAAUUACUAACAAGAAUAAAGUCGUAGUAAUCACUUACAAGGUUAAAGUCAGAAUAAAGUCCUUAUAUUCUAACCUGCUGUUUAACAUGACAGUUGUUGAAAGUAGAGCCAAGGGGUGUUACAAACUAAUCCAUUCUUGAUAAACUAAUCCACUCCAAAAAUCCCACCUCACAGAAAGUGAGUCUGACUCAUUUUUUAAUAAAAACUGUCUAUUAGGCCUAAUUUAAACUAGAUUCACCCAACAAGCUCAGAAAAUAUCCUAUUUAAUGAAAGCAUGCGAAAACAAGAGCUGAAUUGUUUGUUUUAGAACUUUAUUAGAAUUUAAAAAAAGUUUCUUUAAGUAAGAAAAUGUCUUAGAAACAGCAAACAGAGCCUCUGCUUCUCUCCUCACGUGUGAAAACUAGUCUGUCCAUUAAGAGUCUCUACAGGUUCAGGACUUUUUCCUCCACGUGGAUCCUGGAUUAAAAAGUUUGACCCCCCCUCCCUCCUGAUGUUGAGCUGUAAUUAGUCUGACAAAAACAUCAGAUGGGGGGCCGUAACAAGACGUCACACUGGCAGAUUGAACUGUCCUCGUCCUCCUCAAAGACUGCUUGUUGAGCUCUCUGAGGUCUUUUGUCCUCUGCAGAGAGAGGGAGAGAGAGAAAAAGAGAGAGAGAGAGAGAGAGAGAGAGAGAGAGAGAGAGAGAGAGAGGGAGGAUGAAUACAGAGAGAGUAAACAAGUUAAACCAAACUCAGAGGAGAGGGAAGACUCAGUGCACUGGUGCUAAAUUCAGGAGGUCAAAAACUGCUACAAAUACUGAAGAAGUGAAUCAUGGAGCAACAAGUUCUACUGAACAUCCAGGUCAGAACGUUUGAAGAAACAUAAGAGGAAACAGUCCAGUAACACACGGGUACGGUGGCCGAGAACUGCCACUGCUGCAAAUAAAAAAAGGACACACAAAAAAAAAGAAGCCACUACGGAAGUUACCAAUGCAAAAAAGAAACUGGAGCCCACUGCAAAUAAAAACAGAAACGGUGCAGGUUAAAAAAAUAAAAAUAAAAACUUCUUUGCUCGUCUUCUCACCGUCGUCUUCUGUGCCUAGAUCGUAAAACACCGGUGCAUCAUCAUUAUUGGUCCCCGGCAGCUCACUUCCAUUGUGGCUUUUUUUAUUUGCAUCCUUUGAUUUUCGCCCUAAGUAACUUUUUUUUUCAUGGCCACUUUCUUGCGCCAUGAACUAACGUUGAGGCUUUUUUUUAUCUGCACUGUUUCUUUUUUUUUUAAUGCAUCAGGCUUCGGUUUCUUUAUUAUUGCAUCGGUUACUUCAGUUAUGGCUUCUUUUUUUGUAUUCUUUUCUAUUUGCGGCAGUGCUGGUUCUCGGCCACCGUACACAGGGUACUAAAACUUUAGAAAAAGCAUUUGUCGUCUCUACAGGACCAGUCUGGAGGGGCAUCUGUUUCUGGAGGGUGGGUUAAUACGUUACACAACAUGGAUGCUGCCGCUCUGCUCGUGUUUCCAAAAAGGACAGAUCAGCCGUGUUGUUAAUGCAGAAAGAGUUCCUCUGAAACUGUCCUGUGGUGGUUUGAUGCUUUCAGACAUGAAUCUGAUGAGGAAUGUGAGUCAGGGGUCACUGCACUCUGAACUUUAAUGGGUUAAUCUCUCAGUGUUGUUAUGAUGGCAGCAUGGACACACACACACACACACACACACACACACACACACGCACACACACAGCUGUUAAAGUAAAGAGUGACUCUGACAUAAUCUUCUUACGUCAUCUGUCGCUCGGUCGAGAAAAUGAAAGUGGAGAAUUUUCAGGCACAUGUUGCUCCUCUUAAUCUGCUGUGCUGCAGGUUUUUACAGAUUUAAUGAACUUUUUAAAAUAAAUAAAAUCCUUUAAAAGGUGGAGUGGCAGUAUUCUGUUAAAGAAGCAUCUUUUUUUUUGUGGUGUAUUUACAAAAAUCUUUUAGUAUCAGUUAAUAGUUAUUAGUUAUUGAUGACAUUUGGUAAUAUAUCGAUAUCUCUGUGUUCUCUUCUGUCUGUGUCGUCAACAUUUGAACAUUUUUGAGCGGUCCGCUCUUUCUGACUGUAAACAAAGCCGUUCUCCACCUCCUCUAACCUGAUUGGUUGUGAGGCAGACGCUGCUCCCCCGUGUCGUUCAGGAGCCCAAACAAAGUUAGCGUGCUACAAUAUCGGACAGUAGAAACCAACCAGAAAGUUCGGAAAAUUGUCUGAAUCCUCCUUUGGCCACGACUGCCGACACAAGCAAGAAAACAAAGUAAAUACCGGAGACUCUGGAGGAAUAACGGGCGCUUAAAACGGAGGUAGACCGGACAAGAGCUAAAAAGCCGGGUCAACAUAAACGAUGGGGGACGCUUGGGGAUCUUGGUGACCCUGUAACGUUUCUGCUGGACAGGUAAACCGCUUUAACAAAGUAAGACAAGUGUCUGUAACAGAAGUGUUUCUUGUCAAACGGACCUGCUGUAGCGUGUUGUAGCUCCAUCGCUAAACUGUCCUCCCUCGGGUCCUGGACUAUGUCACUUUAUCCUCGUUGUAGAAGUCCUGCAAACAUUGUGUUUGCUGGUCGUCUGUUGGCAUCUACAGUAGCACCAAUGCUUUUGACUUUCACCUUGACUGGGCCCCAUUUGUAAUGAUCUGAAGUAUUUAUCUGCAUUAUAUCUGAAUUUAAUCGGAACGAUACGAGCGAGCAGGAGCGUCUGUUUGUGGGCGGGGCUUGAGAGGAGGAGCUGAGGGGAAAACUGGUUGGGAGGGGUAGAGUUUACAUUCAAGAUUUCUCCUAAAAAGUGGAACUAACUCAGAUCCUGACUACACCACCAUGAAGAGGACUGAAGCUUCUGCUCAUGAGGAAAACUCUGAGCAGGUGUCAUUCGGCCUCAGUGCUCACCUGUCUUUGUGUCUUUGUGUCCAAUCAGGUACCGAGUCUGCAGACAGCGGCAUCGGCGACGUGGACGACCUGCCGGUUCCUCAGCAGAUCCAGAUCAGCAACAUCACCUGUGACUCCUUCAAGAUCAGCUGGGAGAUGGAGAGCAGAGGGAGAGAGAGGAUCACACACUACUUCAUCGAUCUCAACAAGAAGGACAGCAAGAAGGAGAACCAGUUCAAACACAAGGUGGGCCCAACAAAACCUCAGACCCGGUCUCAGACACUGUGGUGAACUCUCAAACAUGGAUUCACUGUCGAGUUUUUCAGGGCGCCGUAGAAAGAAGAUACACGUGUCAUUAGUAACACACCUGACUCUCAGAGGUGGUAAGAGUGGAUGUACUGGUUCGCUGUGACCUCUUUGUGCCUCACUCGGCGUUGUUUAAUCAGCAGGAGGCGGUCUGGUGUUUGGGGCGUUGUCCUCCGGAGACCUUGUCUUCUCAAACAUUUAAACAGCGACCUUCAUUUUUCAGGAUGUACCAACAAAACUGGUGGCGAAGGCGGUUCCCCUCCCCAUGACGGUGAGAGGUCAUUGGUUCCUGAGUCCUCGCACAGAGUACAGCAUUGCGGUCCAGACCGCCACCAAACAGCCGGACGGAGAAUACGCCGUCUCUCAGUGGAGCGAGAUCAUCGAGUUCUGCACAGCAGGUCAGCCUCCUCUCAGUCCAUGAACCCAUGUCUCCUCUCUGAGGACAGUCGUCUCAGUAUCGUGUGUUUCCACAGAUUACUCCACCGUUCAUCUGAUGCAGCUGCUGCAGAAGGCCGAGGCGAUCGCCGGCAGGAUGCUGCCGUUCACCGUCUUCUACAGGAACCAAGAGCAGGAGUACUUCCAGGAGCCCAGGUGUGUCUCCGAGUCCUGCUGCAUCUCCAGAGUCUGGUCUCCUCUGCCUCUGUCUGACCCUCCCUGUGUGCUCUCCACAGCUCCUCGUAUCGCUCCAGAGAUGAGCCGUGUACUCGGAUGUUACCGGCGGUGAAAGACGACAGCGGCAGCCACGGCUCGCCCAUCAGCGGUAAACUGGAGGGGCUCUUUUUCAGCUGCAACACCGAGUUCAACACAGGAAAACCCCCCCAGGACUCCCCAUAUGGACCCUUCCGCUUCCAGGUAGAGCUUCUGACAGAUGAGAGGAUGUGAGAGGCUCCUGGUGGAGGACUGUCCUCAUUCAAAUAACAGAUUUAGUGUCCAGACUUCCAGGAUCUGCAGGUUUAAAUCUGACAGUCCGCUCAGAGUAUUUCUAAAAUCAGGACAGAGCGAGAUGGAGGGACGUCAGAGGCAGAGGGUCUCCAUGAACCAACCCCAACCCUCUCAUGAGCUUUGAGUCGUGGCCAAAACUAUGAGAUUGCAGACACCAGGAGCCAAAUCUCCCUCCGCAGGGCGUCUGGACUCAGCCGCACAGAUUAAGUCUGGAGCUCAGACGUUUGGCAGUAACCUCUGCUUCUAUCCAUCAGGACAGAGCAGCUGGAGUAGUUUAAGGUCCGAUCCAGAUCCUCCGGGACCUUGUUUUGGAGGUGUCCCAAACAUGUCCAGUUGUGACGGGACACCGAGGCUGACCCUGAACAUGCUCUAGCGUUUAUAAACCCACUCAGGCCUGAGGUCGCUGCUUGGACACCUCAUUCAGCCUCGGAGGAAAUUCCAGUUUAAAGGGAUAUUUCAGUGUUUUUGAGGUUCGGCUGUUUGAGUUACAGGUCAGAGUGUAAACAGAGAAGUCCAGACACCGGUUUGGCCCAGAGUUCAAGUCAUGUACAGAGGUUUUCGUCCUCAAAGCGAGCAGCGUGGGUCUGAUUCCCCCCUGCGGUCCUCCUCCAUGUCUCUGUCCUCUAAAGCCCCAAAAUAAAGCGGGACAAAGAUGAGUUCAUAAUCCCACAGUAAAGCAGUCUAAGGACAGAUGAUCCUCCCAGCAGAUUUCUGAUCCUUAAAUCAUAAACCAGCAGCUCUGGGAUCUGCAGACUCUCAAAGAAGUCUAAAGUUUGUAUGAACCUCAGAGCAGCAGCUCGGCUCACAGUCUGACCCUGUCUUUCAGAUCCAAGCUGACGUCCUCUUCAACCAGAGCACCAACAUCUACUUUGGAGAUUUCUACUGCAUGUACACGUCCUACCACUACGUCAUCCUGGUCCUGGCUCCUGAAGGCUCCAAAGGGGACGUCUUCUGUAAGGAGAUUCUGCCGACGCUGGACAGAUCCAACAACCGUUUCCUGAGCUGCACCGAGGAGGAGGACGGCUCGCUGUCUUUCCGUCACGCCCAGGACGUCAUCCUGGAGGUGAUCUACACGGAGUCAGUGGAUCUGGAUUUGGGGACGGUGACACAGAUCAGCGGACACCAGCUCAAGAGUCAGUCCACCCUCAACGCCAAGAAGGACCCCAGCUGCAAGAUCUGCAACAUCAGCGCAGGACGCUAGCUGCGUCUUUGACAGGAUGAGUGGCUAACCUGCUAAUAACCGACACGGAGGACAGACGGUGGCGAGCCAGCUGCUGAGUUUAUCCACUUCCUGUCCUGACGGAGCCGGCUCUUAAAGCGGCGCUUCGAAAUUCAACUAACUCCAGACUAACUCGGCUCUCUAACCUGUCCAGUCUUUCAGUUCCUCUCAGCUCACACUGAGAUUUUGUCUUUUUGGGGUUUUAAAGUUUAGAAGUUUAUUUCUGCGUGUUCGUCUGAAGAGAUGUGGCGCCUGGUCGGACUGUAACUCACAGACAAGAGGUUCAAAGUCAGGACGUUAACGGAACGGAGUCGAGUUGGCUCAGACCGUCGACUCGAAGACAACAGAAGAAGAAACCACGACAACGCCAAACAUCGUUUUUUUGACCGCCAAUAUCCGGACACGCGUUCAGCAGGGACGGGGUUAACAAACGCUGAGAUAAUUAGACUGAAGGAAGUUACUCGCCACUUUAAAGCGGGAUAUUUACGGUUACAUCUGUCUGCAGAGAGGAACCUGGAGGGGAGGUUGGUGACGGAUUUCUGAUCCCCUCAGAGGUACAACAGCGCCGUGUGUUUGUCUGAGCAUGUGCAGAAGUCAAUCACACUCUGAGGCACCAUGCUAAUAAAAGCAUCUUACAUCCUGGUGCACAUCUAUUCCAGAUUUUACGGUAAUAAAAACAGCGGUUUUAUUUUGAUUCCUGAACAGAAAUGAGCCGAACUGUUUCUGCUCCUCCUUGUAAACAAAUUUAUUCCUGCUGUACAGUUUUAGAAUGGAGCUCUAUGGGGACUGACUCACUGACGGACACAGCCUCUAGUGGACAUUUUGGAAACUGCAGUUUUAAAGAUUUAAGGAUUCUUUUUCGUCAUGACGUUAUUUCAAAAAUGGAUUAAAGUUUAGCUCUAAAUUAACUUUGUAUUUCUGUCACUGUUUAAUAAAUUCACCUUUAUCCUCUUUACCUCAAACUGCAGACGACCUCUCAUCUUUUUAAGAGGAAUAAAUUAAACAUCUUCGAACCUUGAA